AUGAGGGUUCACUUCCAGUCAUUGCUGAUCCUGCUCCUGGGGCUGUGUGCAACGAGCUUGGCACAGUCACAGAUGCCUGCUUGCGCUCAAUCAUGCCUUAAGAGCGCCUUCGCAACAAACACCUGCACGCCUAACGAUAGAGCCUGCAUCUGCACAAAUCCGAUCUUCCAGGGAAACGUCUCAGCAUGCGUUGCUACCACCUGCACUAUUCCUGAGUCUCUGUUGACUAGGAAUAUCAGUCUCACAAACUGCGGCGCGCCAGUCCGCGAUCAUGGCCACGACUAUGUGGUUCUGUCCAACACCUUAAUCAUCGUCACCUCCGUAAUCGUCCUCAUCCGAUUCGCAUUUAAAGCAGUGGUGUCCCGUAUGGACUUUAGCUACGACGACUGGUGUGUUCUUAUCACACUCUUCUCCGCCAUUCCGAGCGCCAUCAUUACCGUGUACGGCACCGUCAAGAAUGGUCUUGGUCAGGACAUCUGGACUUUGACACCUCGAGAGAUCACGGAGAUGCUGAAGUGGUUCUACGUCAUGGCGUCCCUUUACUUCACUCAGGUGACGCUGCUGAAGCUUUCACUCAUCUUCUUCUACAUUCGCGUGUUUCCGAGUAAGGACGUUCAGAGGCUUUUGUGGGGUACUGUCGUUUUCGUGGUUCUAUGGGGCUUUGCCUUUGUCAUCACUGCCAUCUUCCAGUGCCAGCCUAUCCACUACUUCUGGACAAAGUGGGAUGGACUGCACGAGGGCAAGUGCCUCAAUACCAACGCUAUUGCCGCGUGUAAUGCAGCGAUCAGUAUUGCACUGGACUUCUGGAUCCUCGGUAUCCCUCUCUGGCAGUUGUGGGGAUUGAAAAUGCACUGGAAGAAGAAGGUUGCUGUUGCGCUUAUGUUCUGCCUUGGAACAUUCGUGACAAUUGUCAGCAUUCUUCGUUUACGAUCUCUCGUCCAUUUUGCUCAGUCGUCAAAUGCAAGCUGGGAAUUCUACGACGUCUCUGUAUGGAGCACAAUCGAAAUUUGCGUCGGGAUCAUAUGCGCUUGUUUACCUACACUUCGGUUGCUGCUCGUCAAGCUCUUCCCCGUUCUUGGUGGCUCUUCAGCCCGCUCCGCGGCUAAGUACUACAACUAUGGUAGCGGCAACGAACUGAGACACGUUGGUCACAGCAAAAGUAAGAGAUCCCACCACGUCGACACGGCUAUCUCAAGUCCAAGAAGUGGAGUAUUUGACCAGAGAGAUGGUAUCACCGUCAAGACGAGCUAUACGAUACGGCACGACACAGACGAAGCAAGCUUGGUAAGCCAUAAGGAGGAGCAUAGACCAUAG